GCUGGGCAUAGACUAAAGCCCUAGGGGAAUUGGAGACUUGGUGCUUCUGGGUUCACGCUUGACGCUGCCAAACCAGGAGCUCUGAGAUUCAGAGCCCAGCAUGGUUUCCUGGCACAUAGUAGGGUGACGAGCAAAGACUCCCAGAAACAAAACCUUUCUGACAAACACCCAGGGAGUCCUCCGUCCUGGAUGUCCAGGCAUGUGGUGUGAUACUGAAGAGUUCCUGAAAAACACCCAGAACCCUCUCUGGCGGCCCCCACCUUGGAUGUCCAGGCACAUGGUGUAACACUGAAGAAUCCCUGAAAAACACCCAGAACCCUCUCUGGCGGCCCCCACCCUGGAUGUCCAGGCACACGGUGUAACACUGAAGAAUCCCUGAAAAACACCCAGAGCCCUCUCUGGCGGCCCCCACCUUGGAUGUCCAGGCACUGCGGCCAGCUCUGUAUCAGCAUAAUGCAUUCAUAUCUACAAUAUGGCAGAUUUCAUCUCCUCCUCCUCUCGCUGAAUUAUUGAUGGGCUGUGCACUUUUUAAAAAAAUCAAUAGACCAGGGCGUGGAGCUUUAAACUCUGCUCUUCUUGUUUCUGCUGUUUUGAAUAGGAGCACAUAGAGCUUCCCCUCUGGUUUGAAUAAGUCAAGCCCAGGGCUAGGUGGGCCAUGAUUGGCCAGAGCUAGGAAAAUGUGGUUAUGAUGCAAACACAAGCAAAUAUAACCCGGUGUCCGUGCGGCCAUUGCUGAACGGAGGCUGCGGGACCUGAAGCCGCCUGCGUUGGGAUAGCUCAUCAGUACUUCACCUGCUGCUUUGCCCGAGGACUGGGGACAGGAAGGGCAAGUUCCAGGAGGAUAAACCAUGUCUCUGAGUGGUGCCUUCAGGGUUGUGGGCAAUGACCCUGGGAUCAUCACCUGGAGAAUUGAGAAAAUGGAGCUGGUGCUGGUGCCUCUGAGUGCUCACGGCAACUUCUAUGAGGGCGACUGCUACAUCAUCCUCUCGACCCGGAAGGUGGGCAGCCUCGUCUCCCAGGACAUCCACUUUUGGAUCGGGAAGGACUCCUCCCAGGACGAGCAGAGUUGUGCAGCCAUCUACACCACGCAGCUGGAUGACUACCUGGGAGGCGGCCCCGUGCAGCACCGCGAGGUCCAGUACCACGAGUCCGACACCUUCCGCGGCUACUUUAAGCAGGGCAUCAUCUAUAAAAAGGGGGGAGUGGCCUCUGGGAUGAAGCAUGUGGAGACCAACGCCUAUGACGUGAAGCGGCUGCUACACGUAAAGGGGAAAAGAAACAUCCGGGCCACUGAGGUGGAAAUGAGCUGGGACAGCUUUAACCGAGGCGACGUCUUCUUGCUGGACCUGGGGAUGGUCAUCAUCCAGUGGAACGGCCCGGAGAGCAACAGUGGAGAGCGACUCAAGGCUAUGCUUCUGGCAAGGGACAUUCGGGACCGGGAGCGGGGAGGCCGCGCUGAGAUCGGAGUGAUUGAGGGAGACAAAGAGGCAGCCAGCCCCGAGCUGAUGACGGUCCUCCAGGACGCCCUUGGCCGUCGCUCCACCAUCAAGCCUGCCGUUCCCGAUGAGAUCAUGGAUCAGCAGCAGAAAUCAAAUAUCAUGUUGUAUCAGGUCUCGGAUGCAGCUGGGCAGCUGGCAAUCACAGAGGUGGCCGCAAGGCCCCUGGUCCAGGACCUACUGAGCCAUGACGACUGCUACAUCCUGGACCAAAGUGGAGCCAAGAUCUACGUGUGGAAAGGCAAAGGAGCCACAAAGGUGGAGAAACAGGCAGCCAUGUCCAAAGCCCUGGACUUCAUCAAGAUGAAGGGUUACCCCAGCAGCACCAACGUGGAGACCGUCAACGAUGGUGCUGAGUCAGCCAUGUUCAAACAGCUCUUCCAGAAAUGGUCAGUGAAGGACCAGACCACAGGCUUGGGGAAAAUAUUCAGCUUUGGUAAAAUUGCUAAAGUUUUCCAGGACAAGUUUGACGUGACUCUCCUACACACCAAGCCGGAAGUGGCUGCCCAGGAGAGGAUGGUGGAUGAUGGCAGUGGGAAAAUGGAGGUCUGGAGAAUUGAGAACCUGGAGCUGGUUCCUGUGGAACGGCAGUGGUAUGGCUUCUUCUACGGGGGAGACUGCUAUCUGGUCCUCUACACGUAUGAGGUGAACGGGAAGCCCCAUUACAUCUUGUACAUCUGGCAGGUAGGCCGGGCCGCUCUCGGCGUUGGGUCCAGACGCGCCCUGGGCACUGGGCCGAGGUCCAUCACGACCCUCUCACCACCGCAGGGCCGCCAUGCCUCCCAGGAUGAGCUGGCAGCCUCGGCGUACCAGGCGGUGGAGGUGGACCGGCAGUUUGACGGGGCCCCCGUGCAGGUUCGGGUGAGCAUGGGGAAGGAGCCGCGCCACUUCAUGGCCAUCUUCAGAGGAAAGCUGGUUAUCUAUGAGGGCGGGACUUCCAGGAAGGGAAAUGCAGAGCCUGACCCCCCGGUAAGACUCUUCCAGAUCCAAGGAAACGAGAAAUCCAAUACCAAAGCAGUGGAAGUCUCGGCCUUCACUUCCUCCCUCAACUCCAACGAUGUCUUUCUGCUGCGAACUCAGACGGGACACUACCUGUGGUACGGCAAGGGGUCCAGUGGGGAUGAGCGGGCAAUGGCUAAGGAGCUGGUCGAGCUUCUCUGCGACGACGGCAGCACAGACGCCGUGGCUGAGGGCCAGGAGCCACCUGAGUUCUGGGACCUUCUGGGAGGAAAAACACCCUAUGCUAACGACAAGAGGCUCCAGCAAGAAAUUCUGGACGUCCAGGUCCGGCUCUUUGAAUGUUCCAAUAAGACUGGCCGGUUCCUUGUUACUGAGGUCACAGACUUCACCCAGGAUGACCUGAACCCAGGUGACGUGAUGCUCCUGGACACCUGGGACCAGGUGUUCCUGUGGAUAGGAGCCGAGGCCAACGCCACGGAGAAGGAGGGGGCCCUCUCGACUGCCCAGGAGUACCUGGUAACUCACCCCAGUGGCCGAGACCCCGACACACCGAUCCUGAUCAUCAAGCAGGGAUUUGAGCCUCCUACCUUCACAGGCUGGUUCCUGGCAUGGGACCCUCACAUUUGGAGCGCAGGAAAAUCGUACGAGCAGUUGAAGGAGGAGCUGGGAGAUGCCGCUGCGAUCGUGCGGAUCACCGCUGACAUGAAGAAUGCAACCCUCUCCCUGAAUUCUAACAAAAGCGGGCCGACGUAUUACCCUAUAGAAGUUCUACUGAAAAGUCAGAACCAGGAGCUGCCUGAGGAUGUGAACCCUGCCAAAAAGGAGAACUACCUCUCGGAACAAGACUUUGUGUCGGUGUUUGGCAUCACAAGAGGGCAAUUCAUGGCUCUGCCUGGCUGGAAACAGCUCCAGCUGAAGAAAGAAAAGGGGCUUUUCUAAAGCAAGGCCUGUCUGUUGUCCAACCCCAGGAGAGAGCAAGCGCAUGGUGCCAACAUCAGCAGAGACGCCACACGCCGAGCCUGACAUCCGCUGCUUUAGAUACAACCCAUCUGAAAUCCACAGCACGCCCUGUUCCUUCCCAUUCAGCCUUGCAUUCAUUCCUUGCUUGUUAUCCACGAAAAUGCUGUCUGCUCACUUUUCGGCUUUUGUGGCCUUUACAGAGAGCAUGGACGUAGACAGGUUGAGAGAAAGAACCAGAAGCUGAGCUUACACUGAGUAUUGCGUCAGGACCCACAUUUGCUUUUCAACUAGACCCUGUUACCCCCAAAGCACUGGAAUUCCUUGCACAGUCACUGAAAGGCCACACUCCAAAUACCCAGGUCUACCACAUGCCAGAGCAUGUUCAACUUUCCAAAUAAAGAGGCCAUGUGAGCACA